AUGAGGCAUGAUCACCUGGCGCCAUUAUUGGCAGUGGCACUAUGGCUUGUUAUCGUGCUCCCAACAAACACACAGUUAGUCAACCCAGUAUCAUCAUUCCUCAAUUUUCUCCAGGAAGGCUCUAACCAUCUGGAUAAUGAACCUUUAGAUCAGAUUAAUAUGCUCUCAGAAUACGACUUUGUUAUCGUUGGCGCUGGUACUGCCGGUUGCGUACUAGCCAAUCGUCUAACAGAGAUACCUGACUGGAAAGUUCUCCUGGUGGAAGCAGGAAACAAUGAAAAUUUUGUAAUGGACAUUCCAUUACUGGCAAAUUAUCUUCAAUUCACAUCUGCUAACUGGGGUUAUAAAACGAAACCCUCCAGCAAGUAUUGUGCGGGUUUUGAAAACCAACAAUGCAACUGGCCACGUGGAAAAGUCGUCGGAGGAUCGAGUGUCUUAAAUUAUAUGAUUUACACGAGAGGUGCACCACACGAUUAUAACUUUUGGAAAGAAAUGGGAAAUGAAGGUUGGGCAUGGGAUGAUGUUUUGCCAUAUUUCAAAAAAGUCGAAAAUUUCAAUAUACCUUCAUUAGAUGAUCCAAAAUAUCAUGGACACGAAGGAUACUUAAAUGUCGAAUAUUCACCUUAUCGUACAACGAAGUCUAAGGCUUGGGUCAAAGCAGCACAAGAAAUGGGAUUCAAAUACACAGAUUAUAACGGUGUCAGCCCAUCUGGAACUUCAUUUCUGCAGUUAUCUAUGAAAAAUGGCACCCGACAUAGUUCAAGUAGAGCUUACUUACAUCCUAUAAACAAAAGAAAAAAUCUUCAUUUAUCAAAAGGAACCAUGGUUACAAAACUUAUAUUUGACAGAACAAAAACCAAAGUUAUAGGAGUGGAAAUAGAAAAAAGAAACAGAAAAUAUAAAAUUUUAGCUAAAAAAGAGGUCAUAUUAUCCGCUGGAGCAAUUAAUUCUCCUCAGUUGUUAAUGUUAUCAGGAAUCGGGCCCAAAAGCCAUUUAGAGGCUAUGAAUAUACCAGUAGUAAAGGAUUUACCAGUUGGAUAUAACUUGAUGGAUCAUAUAGCUGCUGGUGGUUUGCAGUUCAUGGUACAUAGGCAAAACAUGAGUCUUAAUACAGAAUAUUUAUUAAACCACCUAGAAUUAGUAUUUAAAUGGAUGAGAACACAUAAAGGGCCACUAUCUAUACCUGGUGGAUGUGAAGCUCUUAUAUUUAUGGAUUUAAAGGAUAAAUUCAACAUCACGGGGUGGCCUGAUAUGGAACUGUUAUUUAUUAGCGGAGGAUUAAACGCUGAUCCUUUACUGCGAAGGAAUUUUGGUUUCGACGAACAGAUUUACAUGGAUACGUACUCCUCAUUGGAAAAACAAGACGUUUUUAUGGUUUUCCCAAUGUUAAUGCGUCCAAAAUCUAAAGGUAGAGUAAUGUUAUCAAGCAGGAACCCUAAAGUGCAUCCAACUUUAAUACCAAACUAUUUUGAAUAUCCCGAGGAUUUGCAGAAAAUAGUCGAAGGCAUCAAAGUAGCUAUUCAAAUAUCAAGACAGCCGGCCAUGAGAAAAUUGGGCGCAAAAUUGUAUGACGUGCCAAUAGAAGACUGCUUAAAAUAUGGGCCAUUCGGUAGUGACGCAUAUUUUGCUUGCCAAGCCCAAAUGUUUACGUUCACAAUUUACCAUCAAAGUGGUACUUGUAAAAUGGGAGUAAAGGCUGAUCCUUCUAGUGUCGUUGAUCCAAGACUACGAGUUCAUGGUGUAGCAAAACUAAGGGUAAUUGAUGCUAGUAUUAUGCCUGAAAUUGUGUCGAGCCACACAAAUGCCCCAGUCUUCAUGAUAGCAGAAAAAGGAGCAGACAUGAUCAAAGAAGAUUGGGAAAGGCUAAGAUGA